AUGGUUAGUCACGAUGGUGAAGGUAAGUGCAUGUGUUAGCCACGGACAAAAGAACACCCAGAGAGUACGCUAACUCAUCCUCCAUAGAGCAGUGUUUGUGUGAGCAGUGGAUAGUCAACUAUGGCAAAAAAACUGCUAGCAAAAUAACUGACAACUAACCACUUUUAUUUUGUGUGCACAUAAUCGAAUCGACCAAAACUGAUUUCAACACCGGAGCUCUGUGUGUCUAAGCAAACAGUUGACAAAAUUUAGAUCUUGGGGGUGCAAAAUAUUGGACCCAAUCUAAAACCAGCAUUUAAAGUGUUAUUCUUAUUCGGACGCAAUAAUUGGACUCGGCGCAUAAGUUGGAGUAGAUACAAUGCCUUCUAUAGACACUACCAUCAACCCUAUCAGCAUUGUCGCAUUUGUACUUACGUGUUUGGGGUGUGUCCAGCCUUUGAUAUCCAUCUUCCUGGCCAACUGGUGGUCCAAGGAUCAGUGGAACCGCUCCAGAGUCUACUAUGGAAUAUGGAGCACCGUGAGCUGCAAGACAGAUAGUGGGGAUUGUGAGUCAGUGCCAGGGACAGUGUUGGCUGGCGGAGAAGAGAUUCUGUUUGUUAGUAAAGUGUUUGCGACAUUCACAGUGCUCCUGGCGUUUGUCGCCGUAGUCUUGCACAUAGCCUACUUCUUCUUGCGGCAUGCCGCCGUUAGAACAGCCGCAGUCUUCAUGAACGGCGCUGGAGGUCUCUUUGGACUUCUGGCCGUGUUCGUGUUUGUAGGAUUUUAUCACAAAGUUGACGACGACUCUGCCUCAGUGGGCGUGGCAUUCUACCUCUUCCUCAUUGGCAGCAUCGUCUGUUUCGUGGCCGGGGCGUUUACAGCCUGGGCCGCUGUUAGGAAAGUCAAGUCAAGAAUCUCGGAUUUCGGAGAAUGUUAAUAACACAUGAUGUUUUUUUUUGUCUGUUAUAAUUAGGUGUGCUUAUAUGAUAAUCUGCAUAUGGCAUAAAAGUCGUUAAGUU